AUGACUUCUGCGGCGCUGUUGCCAUUGGAAGAAGAGCGGCAGUGUGUCAUCUGCGAAGAUGAGUUCCUGCUACCCGAGGUAGAGCCCAUCCGCUGCGGCCACUUCGUAUGUUACGAAUGCCUGAUUCCCAUGUUCGAGUAUUCCCUCAGGGCCAAUGGCAUCUUCCCUACCCGUUGCUGCGGCCCUCCUCUUCGUCUCACCUUACGGGUCUUACAAACGUUGCCAGGCGACAUGAUCAGACGAUACAACGACAAGAAAGAGGAGAUGGACGCGGACGAGUUCGAAGAGAAACGCACUUAUUGUCAUGUCCCACGAUGUUCGACCUUUCUCAAGCGGCGGUAUUACAUUGGAAACGGCGCAGCGUGUCCCCAAUGCGCGGCUUUGACCUGCAUCAUUUGCAAGGAAAAGUACCAUGACCAUGGGGUGUGCAAACAAAAAGGCGGAUUGCGAGUAUCGGAGGUUGAGGAUCUCGCAGAGGCAGAAGGAUGGAAAAGGUGCCGUUCUUGUCGCCAGAUGAUUGAGCGGUUAGAGGGCUGUGCGGUCAUACGAUGUUUUUGCGGCGCGAUGCUCUGCUACAUUUGUGGAGAUCGUCCGGAUGAGUGCAAGUGCUCGUUCAGGCGCGGCGUAUAA